ACGCUCGCCGAAUCAAAGAUCUAUGUCAUCACGAAGCCCAAAGACGUCGCCGACGCAUACCGAAACACAGAAAGCCUGUCCUUCAACGAAUUUGUUCAAGCCGUCAUGCGAGCCUGCGAUAACACCGAGUCCUGCAUCCAAGCAAUGUACACGCCAUUACCAAGAGACAAGGCCGGCUUUGCAAAUCCCCAAGGGAAAUCGUUGGCGACGCUGGCGCGGCAGAUGCACAUACACCAGCUGUAUCCUGGCAAAGGACUGGACUUUCUCGAGAGAACUUUUCUAGAAUGGUUCGAUGUGCGUAUGAACAUGGAGAAGCUGCAUAGCGGCUGUUCCUAUGCUACCAAGCGGGAUGAUGGCGAUGUUGUGCUCCCCCUUAUGGAGUGGUGCUCUGAUUUCUUGAUAAGCGCCGGUCAGAGGGCAUAUUUCGGGGACGAGCUUGGCCAGAUUGAUGGUAAUCUGGUAAGAGAGUUUGUGAAAUUCGAUGAGCUCAGCUGGCAGGUUCUCUAUCAGUACCCCGAGUUGCUUGCUGGGGAGAUGAAGAGGUCCAGGGAUGUCAUUCAGCGAGCGUUGAAAAAGUACAUCCAGCUGCCUCAGAGUCAGAGGUCGGGCGAGGCUUGGUUUACCAAGGCCAUGGAGAACGAGAUGCGGGCUCUGAAUAUUGGCGAGGACGACAUUGCAACCAUGUUGAUGACGAUAUACUGGGUUCUCAACACGAGCACUCGCAAAGCUGCUUUUUGGCUGCUCAGCUACAUCCUGCACACUCCCUCUCUCAUCCUAGUCAUCCGCAACGAAACAAAGCCGGCCUUCAAUAACUCAGACGGCAAGCUCAAUCUCGACUACAUUCACAACCAAUGCCCGCAGCUCAACGCCAUGUGGAACGAAAUGAUCCGCAUGUCCGCCUCCGCCGCCUUGGUACGCUUCAUCACCGCAGACACCGUCAUCGGAGGCAAAGUCCUGCGCAGAGGCAACAGACUCUUGAUCCCGUUUCGCCAACUGCACUUUGACAAGAGCGUCUUUGGCGAGACGGCGGAUUCGUUUGAUCACGAGCGGUUCCUGGAGAUGAAGCCGAGCUUGACGCAGAGCGGCACUUGGAGGCCGUUUGGAGGCGGCGGGACGAUGUGUCCGGGACGGCACGCGGCUAAGAAAUGCGUCUUGCUGUUUGUUGUCUUGCUGUUGCAGCGGUUUGAUAUUGAGGUGGAUGGGUGGCAGUCGCUUCCUGUGGCGGAUGAGGGUAAGCCGGUGCUUGGUAUCAUGUCGACAAGGGAGAACCGGGAUUUGAGAGUGAGAGUGACGGCGAGAAAGACGUUUGCAUAA